AUGCCAGGACGCAAGUCUGACACUAAGAAGUAUGAGGUUGACGCAUACUUCGUGAAAUUGCACCGCGAACUUGGCGACACGAUGCCCACUCCGGAAAAGCCAGAUGUUUCUUUGAGCCUAGAUGGUGAGGAGAAUGCGUUGAUUGAGGACGUCCAUGUUCUGUGCAAUCUGGCCAUUGAAGUUGGAGGUGGUAAGCACGCUGUUCCCAAAAGGUACUUGGAUCCUGGCAUUGUCGAGUCGCUCUGGCAGGGGUGCAAGCUUGAUGUGCCGACUCUCCAACAGGUUAGUGAAUCAACGUUCAAGAAGCGGUACAAUGACGCAUGGAAACGCAUCCUGGUGCAUCGCAAUGUGGGGCAGGGUAAACGCUGCACCAUCUGCAGCCGCCUGGGCGAGGAGCGCGCGCUGGCGGUCGCGGAGGAGGCCAAGGCAGUUGUGAUGAAUGAGAAAAAGAAACAUAUUGACAGCGUGAUGCGCGACCGGGCUGUCAAUGUUAGGGGCAACGCUAUCGCUGAGAUGAACGCUCGGAACCCGACGCCCCACGGCCUCUCGCCCAUCAUAAAGGUCGCGGUGGACGGGAUGGACCAGGCGAAAUUCAAGACUCCACGCUGCGCGGCGGGGCCAGGGCAGACGUGCAACAGCAGGUUCAAGACCGUCGAGAUGCAGUUCCUCCAAGUGGGACAUGCCCAUGCUGAGCUAGAUCAAUUGUUCGCCGGUGUUGCCGCCCAGAUCUCGCACGCCCCACGGCUGGAGGGCAUCCAGGAGGUUGCUGACUUCAUCAAGAGCAUUGUCGUUCCACAGCGUGGAAGGAAAUUACACGUGGAGGUUCUUAACAGCAUCUACGACUUUCGCACGUGGAUGACCCCCUUCGACAUGUCCAUCGCAGGCGUGGUGCCCACCAAGACUCAGCCGGAAGCUGCACAUCUGUGGCGCUUCGUCCCACGGUCAUUCAUCAGGCUCGCAGGGCUGACAGACGCAGCUGUGGAGAUCACGCGGCCAGAUUGGAGCGACUUAGAGCCCAACGAGCAGGACACUAUUAUCUUGGUCAAGCAGUUCAUGGCAGACACCAACUACUGCCAGCAACCAGUCCUCCUCAUGCCGACCCAGAUCGCCAGCAGGCUCGACCCAUCUGACUUGCAGGUGGCGAUGCCGCGCGUGUUCGAGGAGGGGGUGGUCAAGCAAUACCGUCGCGCUGCCGAGGCAGUUGGAGCCCCGCCGUGGAACAUGCUGCGCGGCAAAGCGUUCUUGGACGGACCAUGCGACGCAUGGAGCUAA